AUGGGAACAAAACAAUUGUUUCUUUUAUCCAAUGUUGCUGCUGGUAUCCUUAUUCUGAUCAUGUCCAAACUGUGUUGGUGUGAUGAUCAAUAUAUUGGCACAAUCUCACUUGGGAUGGAAGCUUCUCAAACUAAUUAUCUUGACAAAGACUUCAAGUUCCUCCUCUCAACCAAUAGAAUUUUUGCUUUUGGUUUUGUCGCCACAGUCUAUGACAGCACCAAGUUUCUAUUGGUUAUAGUCCAUAUGGCUAGCUCCACCGUGCUUUGGACUGCUAAUAGAGCACUGCCCGUUUCAAAUUCCGAUGAUUUCGUGUUUGAUAAAUCAGGAAAUGCGUUUCUACAGAAAGAUGGAACUGUGAUCUGGUCAACAAACACAAUCAACAAAGGGGUUUCUUCAAUGGUAUUGCAGGAUACUGGAAAUUUGGUUUUGCUUGGGAGCAAAAACAAUAGAACAGUAAUUUGGCAGAGUUUUGAUUUUCCAACGGAUACUUUGAUCCCUUCCCAGAAUUUCAAAGAGGGAAUGAAACUUACCAGUGAACCUAGUCAUAAUAACUUGACCUAUGUUCUUGAGAUCAAAUCUGGUAAUGUUAUUCUUUCAGCUGGUUUCAAAACUCCACAGACUUAUUGGACUAUGCAGAAGGAUAACCAUAGAACCAUUGAUAAGAACGGCGACGUUGUUGCUUUUGCAAAUCUCAGUGCCAAUUCUUGGAGAUUCUAUGAUGACAAUAGCUCUUUGUUAUGGCAAUUCAUUUUCUCUUUUCAUGCAGGUAUAAAUGCAAGUUGGAUUGCAGUUUUGGGAAGGGACGGUGUCAUUACUUUCUCUAAUCUCAACGGUGGUGGAUCAAAUGGUGAUUCUUCAACAACAAUACCACAAGAUCCUUGUCAAACACCUGAGCCUUGUGAACCUUACAACAUAUGCACAAAUAGUGGUAAGUGUAGCUGUCCUUCUGUUCUUCUUCCUAGCUGUAAACCAGGUUUUGUUUCUCCUUGCGGCGAUGAUAAAUCAGAAAAGUCAAUUGAGUUUCUGAAAGUUGAUGAUGGACUUAGUUACUUCGCGCUUGAUUUUCUUCCGCCCUAUUCGAAUACUGAUUUGGCCGGGUGUCAAACAUCUUGCCGUGGAAAUUGCUCUUGUCUUGCAAUGUUUUUCCAUACAAGUUCAGGGAACUGUUUCUUGUUGGACAGUGUUGGAAGUUUUCAGAAAUUCAAUGAUUCUGAUUCUGGUUAUGUUUCUUACAUUAAGGUUGUCUCAAGAGAUAAAAGUGGAAGUAGAACUAAGCACAUCAUCAUAGCUGUUGUGGUUGCAGUUAUAUUAACUUUGGUUGUAAUUGUGCUCUUUGUCGUGCUUCGAUACUACGGGAAAAAGAAAAAUUUACCUCUAGAUAAUUCAGAUGAAGACAAUUUCUUAGAGAAUUUAACCGGCAUGCCAAUCCGUUUCCGCUAUAAAGAUCUUGAAGUUGCAACGGAUAACUUCUCUGUGAAGCUUGGUCAAGGAGGUUUUGGAUCAGUUUACAAAGGAGUUCUACCUGAUGGGACUCAAUUAGCUGUGAAGAAGCUAGAAGGUAUUGGUCAAGGGAAAAAAGAGUUCAGAGCUGAAGUUAGCAUCAUUGGUAACAUUCAUCACCUUAAUUUGGUAAGGCUUAAAGGAUUUUGUGCAGAUGGAACUCAUAGGCUUCUAGUUUAUGAGUAUAUGGCUAAUAACUCAUUGGAUAAAUGGAUAUUCAAGAAGAACAAAAGUGAAUUUCUUUUAGAUUGGGAUACAAGGUUUAAUAUAGCAUUAGGAACAGCAAAAGGACUUGCUUAUCUGCAUCAAGAGUGUGACUCAAAGAUUGUUCAUUGUGACAUUAAGCCUGAAAAUGUACUUUUGGAUGAUCAUUUCACUGCCAAAGUUUCUGAUUUUGGUUUAGCUACGCUAAUAAAUAGAGAACAAAGCCAUGUUUUCACAACGCUGAGAGGAACGCGAGGCUACCUCGCACCUGAGUGGAUAAAAAACUAUGCUAUAUCAGAGAAAAGUGAUGUAUACAGUUAUGGGAUGGUAUUGCUAGAGAUAAUUGGUGGAAGGAAGAACUAUGAUCCUAACGAGACUUCAGAGAAAUCGUAUUUUCCUCGUUAUGCUUUUAAGAUGAUGGAACAAGGGAAAGUAAAGGAUAUAAUUGAUUCAGAGAUGAAAAUGGAUGAUGAUGAUGAGUGUGAUGAUAGGGUUCAUUGUGCUAUAAGUGUUGCAUUGUGGUGUAUACAAGAUGACAUGUCUAUGAGACCUUCCAUGACAAAAGUUGUGCAAAUGUUAGAGGGUGUUUGUGAAGUUCCUAAACCACCAAAAUCCUCCAAUGAAGGAGACACAUCUUCUGAGGCUUAUCUAUCAGGAGUUAGUCUGUCAGGCCCAAGAUGA